GAACUCUAUACUACUAGAUACAUUGAUUUUCAUUAAAAGGGCGUUUGUAUCGUUAUCAUUUAUGGUAGAAAAAAAUACUUGAAAUUCUGAUUCAGUUUAAAAGGGCGUAAGUCAGUAUUAGAUUUUUUUUAAACAGGCGUAAGUCAGCUGCAAACCUUUAAAGCUGCUGUGUGUAUGCUUGACUUACGCCCUUUCAAAAAAAAUUGAAACACGCCAGCUGUUUCAUCAUUACAUCUUCAUUCUUAAUGAAGACGUGUUGUUUGUGUUUUCUAACCUUACUUUCUUGAGAUAUUUUAUCUUUCAUUACAAGCAGAUGAUGAAUGAUGUUGUGAUUGGAAGUCCUCGUAAGACGAAACGUCGAGAUCCAUCUAAUUACAAACUAAAUAUUGUUAAAGAGGCUCGAGUAAAGGGACAAUCUUAUGUCAGCCAUAAGGGGAAAGAAGUGUCAGCCAAGAAACCACAAUUUGAUUGCAGAUGUGCCAACAAAUGUUUAAAAAACCUCGGUGAGGAAGACUGUCUUGAUGUAUUCCAAAGAUUUUAUGACAUUCCUUCCAAAAAUGAGCAAGACUUGUAUAUCCAAGGAUUAAUUGACGCUGUAGAUGUGCAACAAAGACGGCCUAGAGAAGACGUCGUGAACAGAGGAAAGAAAAAUGCUUCAUUUUCUUAUCAUCUUAUGGUAGGAGUUACACGGAAAGAGGUAUGUUUCAAAGCUUUUUUAUCCGUGUUCUCCAUUAGUGAGAAACGAGUUAGGAGGAUUAGAAAUCUAAAACUUCUAGGCAAAACUCCUGAGGACAAAAGAGGUAAAGGUGUCAGCCAUGCUUUACCUGUCGAAAUCUAUCAUUUAGUGCAUGAGCACAUACAAUCUUUUCCACUCAAAGAAACACAUUAUUGUGGCAAAAAAAAAUACUACUUGUCUGCAGACCUGAACAUUAAAAAAAUGUGGCAAAUGUAUCAAGAAAAACAUCCGCAAGUUAUACCUAAGGUUAGCCUAAGUUUCUUUUGGCAAUAUUACCAUGAUAAUUUUAACUAUCCAUUUGGUCGCCCACAAGUGGAUGUAUGUAGCACUUGUGAGGAGCUCAAUAUUAAAAUAAAAUCUCCAAACUUGAAUGAUGUGGCGAAAAGAGCAGCAGUUGCUGAACUGCUUGUCCAUAAAGCCAAAAGUAAAAAAUUUUACUCAGCUUUACAACAUGAGCAAUCAGAAGAGGGUAAAAAUGAAAAACACGUGUUAUCCCUAGCCUUUGACUACAUGAAGACAAUUUCAAUUCCAAAAUUACCGGUUCAAGAGCUCUAUUACAUGAGGCAGAUAUCAGUUAAUGUUUUUGGGAUACACAACCUAAAAGACAACAAGACAACAAUAUUUUUGUACCAUGAAGGAGUGGCAAAAAAACCCCCUAAUGAAGUUUGUUCUUUCCUCAAUGAGUACUUAAAGUCGGUGUCUGAUCAGUAUACUGAACUUCGACUGUUUAGUGAUAAUUGUUCUGGACAGAACAAAAAUCAGGCCCUGUCAAGAUUGUGUCUGUAUCUAACAGACUCGGGGAGAUUUAGGAAAGUGACUCAAUACUUUCCCUUACGUGGUCACAGUUUUCUUCCCUGUGAUAGGGAUUUUGGGAUCAUUUCCAAGGCCCUGAAGAAAAAUGACCGAAUCUUUACUGUUCAUGAGAUAACACUGACAUUGAGACGCUCCAGGGGAUCGGUUGUGAUGGAUGCUCUGUCAAUAUGUCUGACAUGCGAGGAGCAGUGA